CUUACUUGCUACUUUAUUACGUCCACAGUACCUGGAUUCUAUCGACUCGAUUCUACUUCAUCUUCGCCGUCUCCGUUGUGGCCUCCACGUCCUUGGGUUUUUAUUGACUUCCUGGGUGGAUUUCCUCGGCUUCUCUUCCCCUCCUCCCUCCCGUCUUCCAAUUCUCUCUUCUCCGUGUUAAUCAUGGACUCCGUACUGUCCAUCCGACCUCGUCUGUUUUAAAUGUACCAUUCUUCGCUACUCUUUUUCCUACUGGCCAUUGCUCGAGAAUACCCGUCAUGGGGAAUCUCGGUGGUUUGUCGCCCGAGGGGAGUGUCGCGGUUGGGGUCCUUGUCGGGUUGAUCUCGACCAGUCUCCAGGCCAUCGGGUUGACUCUCCAGCGCAAGUCGCAUAUCCUCGAAGACGAAAAACACCCUUACGACAUUCGCAGACCGCCUUACAAGCGUCGAAGAUGGCAGGUGGGCAUGGGGAUGUUCGUUGGCUCGAACAUCGUAGGCAGUACCAUCCAGAUCACGACCCUUCCGCUCCCCGUGCUUUCCACCCUCCAAGCUUCGGGACUCGUUUUUAACACCAUCUUCGCUACUUUGAUCCUGGGCGAGUCGUUCACGAGGUACUCGCUGAUCGGCACCGUCCUCGUGUGCAUUGGCGCAAUCCUGAUCGCGGCCUUUGGGGCCAUUGGAGAGCCGGCGCAUUCCCUCGAUCAACUCCUAGAUCUUCUCCAACGCCGGUCGUUUAUCCUGUGGAUGGUGGGGACCAUGGUGAUUGUGCUGGUCAUCUUCGCCGCGUCCAAACUCCUGAAAUACCUCACGUCCCCGUACUUCCGGUCCAAGCAUCCGAGCCUCCGCAGUUCAUACGUACCGUACCUGCAAUUGUCCCCGCCCCGCGUGCGACUUAUCCGCGGGCUCAGCUACGGGUCAAUCAGCGGGAUCCUCUCGGCCCACUCGCUACUCCUGGCGAAAUCAGCGGUGGAGUUGCUCGUCCGGACAAUCGUGGACCGCGUCAACCAGUUCAACCGGUGGCAGUCAUGGGCGAUUCUGAUCGCCAUGAUCACUCUCGCCCUAUCCCAGCUAUUCUACCUCCACCGGGGCCUGAAGCUCUGUAGCACCAGUGUUCUCUAUCCGUUUGUCUUUUGCAUAUAUAACAUUAUCGCCAUCUUGGACGGACUGAUCUAUUUCCGUCAAAUGUCCCUGCUGACGAGAUUCCACGCGGGACUGAUCGCCCUUGGGACAGUCUUUUUACUCGGCGGGGUGCUCUGCCUUUCAUGGCGGUUAGAAGAUAUCGAAAGCCACACCGCUGUCACCGUCGCCGGGGCCUCCCAAACCGGAUUAGGCCCCGGCAUGGCCAUCCUCGAAGAGCACACGGAACCACCGCUUGAUUUAGAAUUCGGCGACGACGAAGAGCGCCACGCCGGGGAGCGCGAGCCGCUCCUACGUGCCGCACACCGUCCACCCCCACGCGGGCCCGUCCACCAGCGGACCCCCAGCCUACCCCUCCAUUUCUCACCGUUAGCCCACCGCGACUCCGCAGACGUCGACCCGGCCUCAAUCUGGGCCGAGCUCGACGACUCCGACUGCGACUACAGCCCCACCAACCCACGACCUCGUGCCCAAACCCGCGCCUUCACAGGAUCAUCCCACCUCCGCCAGGGAAACAAGCCCAGCGGCGCGCAAACCGCACGAGACACCUCCUCCCGCCGAGCCCGCCAUUUCUCCCUCAACCAGCUAACAUGGACCCCACCCCGCAUGUCGUCCUUCGCAUACGGAUCCACCAAACCCGCGCGCCGCACCCCCUCCCCGGGGUCUGGAACCCACCAGAGUCAAAAGCGGCAAUCCUUCCCAGGCAACUGGACAGUGCCGGGCUACGGCAGCACGCAAGACACCAGCCGCGACGACAACAACAACAACGACGACGACCUCCACUCCCCCGGCAGUCGUCCAAACCAACCACAAAGCUCUGCAUCCGCACCCCUCGCAGGCCCGAGGAGUAUCGUGCGCGGGGCCUGGAGAUCCGGCAUGCGGUAUCUGGCCCGAUUGACAGGCGGCCCAGGCGCACGCAGUCGCAGUGGCCAACCACAUGAUCCUGAAACGGACGCGCUGCAGUCCAACCCACACUAGCUUUUUUUUUUUUUUUUUCUUUAAUUCCUCCGAUCGAAAUCAAUAUAUACAUCUUGAAAUGAAUAGAAGUGGCUUUU